AUGGCAGUUUUAAAUGCAAAUCCAACAGUUUAUACACCUUCCAAAACUUCUCACAGAGUUUUGAAAAUAGAAGAUCAGGAUGAAAAUAUUGAAGAUGCUAUUGAUUCUCAGGAGGUUUUUGAUUUAAUUAGAUCGAUAUCAGAUCCAGAACAUCCGUUAACUCUUGAACAAUUGAAUGUGACGCAACUUGAGCAUGUCAGUAUAGAUGACCAGAAUAAUCAUAUUGUAAUCGAGUUCACACCAACCAUACCUCAUUGUUCCAUGGCUACAUUGAUUGGAUUGUGCAUACGUGUUAGGUUGUUAAGAAGUUUACCAGAAAGAUUUAAAGUUGAUAUAAAUGUUAGGAAAGGGUCUCAUCAGUCAGAACAAGCUGAAGUUGUAAAUCAAUGUCUUUCAACAGCAAACUUACAAAGCAAUACUUUACAACAAUAA